GCAUUUUUUGUGUUAUCUCUUGUUCCUUCUCUCAUCUUCAAUCUUUCUCGUCUGACCGAAAAAACAAAAGAGGGAGAAAAGAAAAUCUCUGAAAGCCAAUGGCGGCGGCAGCAGCAGAAGGAGCGAAGAAGAUCAUCAUAGACACUGAUCCUGGCGUCGAUGACGCCAUGGCGAUAUUUCUAGCACUGAGAUCUCCUGAAGUGGAGGUCAUCGGUCUCACCACUAUUUUUGGAAAUGUCUAUACCACUUUGGCCACUAGAAAUGCCUUACAUUUGUUAGAGGUUGCAGAGAGGACUGAUAUCCCCGUGGCGGAAGGAUCACAUGUUACCAUCACUAAAGGUACAAAACUUCGUAUUGCUGAUUUUGUCCAUGGUACGGAUGGGCUUGGCAAUCAAAAUUUCCCUCCACCGCAAGGAAAGCCUAUUGACAUGUCAGCUCCUGAUUUUCUUAUUGAGCAAGCAAAUCUGUAUCCUGGGAAGCUCACUGUGGUGGCGUUAGGACCGCUAACAAAUAUUGCACUGGCUAUUCAACAAGAUGAAUCAUUUGUUAAAAACAUUGGGCAGAUUGUUCUUCUUGGUGGCGCUUUUGCAGUAAAUGGCAAUGUGAAUCCAGCAGCAGAGGCCAAUAUCUUCGGCGAUCCAGAUGCAGCAGAUAUUGUGUUCACAAGUGGAGCAGAUAUUUUGGCUGUGGGGAUAAAUGUUACUCAUCAAGUUGUUUUGACUGAUGCUGACCGGGACAAAUUGGCUAGUUCAACUGGAAAAUUCGCUCAGUACUUGUGCAAGAUACUAGGGGUGUACUUCGAUUAUCAUCAUGAAGCAUACAGCACAAAUGGUGUGUACCUUCAUGAUCCAACAACCAUGGUUGCAGCCAUUAAUCCUUCACUUCUCACUUACACGGAGGGUGCUGUCCGAGUUCAAACGAACGGCAUCACACGAGGACUAACAAUAUUAUACAACAAGCAGAAAAGAUUUGCCGAAAUCACGGAGUGGACUGAUAAACCGUCGGUGAAGGUGGCGGUCACGGUCGACGCGCCUGCAGUUCUCAAACUGGUUAUGGAGAGGCUGAUGGACUGAUGAUGAGAAUGGACGUGUUGUGUUUGUCUCUCACUUCGGGUAAAAUGUGUUUAGCCCCAAAGCAUCAGUAAGUGUAACAAUUUAGAAUGUCUCAUUAGAAAACAAACAAUUUGUUAUGGAACGUAUGCAGCUGUUUUCUGUUAUUGGUUGAAUAUCAUAUUUUAUAUCGAAAUAUUUUACCCAUUUCA